ACCUGACAUCGGCGCGUACAUCGCGUUUGGUUAUAUCAUGGUACGGCCGAUGAUGUGGUGAUGUGUGUUAGAUGAGACACCCUGAAUUGGUGGCUGCGGUGUAGUAUUCUGCAGCUUCCACGACUGCUUCCCCAUGCAGCGGAAAUACAGCUGCACGGGCAACGACGGCGGCUGCCCGGCGGAGCUGUGGCGCGAGCCCCUGCCGGCGCAGGCGCAGCGACUCAACGAGUACACCGCGUGCGUGGACGAGUGCACCGCGCGCCUGCUGACCGGGAGCAUGUGCGGGGCGACGAAGGCGACGCCGCCCGACCUGCGGGGCGUCAGCGUGGGGAUCGUGCAGAGGCUCGGCUUCGUCGGGCUCGUGGAGGAGUGGCCCUUGCCCGUCUGCCUCUUCCACCUGCGCUUCGGGGGCGCCUGCCACCCGCCUCGUUCGAUAAACCUGCGCCCCAUAUGGAGGCGCAGCACCGCGACACGUCUGGCCGGCCUCAAGGGAUCAGGAGGG